AUGGGUGGUGCAGGAGGUGGCGCUGGUUUAGCCCCAGUUGCAGGAGCUGAAAAAUUCUUCUCCAAACCAAACAUUCGUCCUUUGUUCUACUGUAUGUUAGCAACCUUGGGUGCUUUCUCAUACGGAUACGAUGGUCAAUAUUGGGCUUCAUGCAUUCAAAUGCCAAGGUUCUUGCGUGAUUUUGGUGUUCCAGGCCCAAAUGGCACUUAUGUUUUCCCGUCAAACGAAAAAUCUUAUUCUACAAGUAUCGUUCAAGCCGGUGAAUUUGCUGGUGCUCUUGUGGCCGGACCUGUAGGUGAUUUCUUGGGACGUAAAGGUACUUUCCAUGCUGCUUCUACUUGUUUGAUUAUCGGUGCUUUAUUGCAAAUUAUCGUUGUCGGAAAAGUUGGCUUACUCACGGGUGGCCGCGCGAUCCUCGGGAUGGGUAUCGGUCUCUUGGCAAACACCGUACCUCUAUAUUUGUCAGAAAUUUCAACUGUGGCCAUCCGUGGUGUCGUUGUGGGAUCAUGGCAGCUUUUGCUCGCAAUCGGCCAAGUUGUAGGAGCAUGUGUGGGACAAGCAACAUCAAAGAGAACUGAUACGGGAGCAUGGCGAAUUCCGAUCGCAGUCAUCUUUGCUUUGGCGCUUUGUUUGAUUGCCAUUCAAUUCAUCAUUCCUGAAUCACCGCGUUGGUUAGUAAACAAAGGCAAAGAAGAAAAAGCAAUCAAAUCUUUGUACAAUUUGAACAAAGAUCAACAAGAUCCAGAAGCAAUCGUUCAAAUUCAAUUACGCUCUUUCCAAGAAGCAAAACGUGAAGAAGAGGAAUUGGGCAAAGAUUCGGGCUGGAAGACUUUAUUCACCCGAAAGGAAGAAUUACGUAAAAUGAUGAUCGUUUGCGGUAUCCUUUCAGCUCAACAAAUCAACGGUGUUCAAUUCAUCUUUUCUUAUACGACAACCUUUUUUGCCGUCGCAACUGGUACUUCUGAAACCGAUACGGAUAAAGCAUUCAUUUACACAAUCAUUGUUACCGUGAUUGAAGUUGUUGGUGUUAUUUUCAGCUUUGGUGUCGUUAACAGAUUUGGCCGUAGACCAUUAUUGAUUUGGACAUCUAUUCCUAUGUUUGCUUCCCUUUUCGUCAUGGCUGCUUUGGGCGCAAUUCACCGUCAACGUACUCAAGCCGAAAACAAUGUCGUCGUUGCAAUGAUUUGCAUCUUUGUCUUCUUCUUCAACGUUGCUUGGGGUCCUCUUGCAUGGGUCGUUGCAUCAGAAUGUGCAGUUGGUGCAAACCGUCAAAAAUUGAUGUCUUUGGGAUCAGCCUGUUUCUUCUUAUGGGCAUUCGUUGUGGCUUUCACACUUCCUUACCUCUUUGAUGCUGAUAAGGCAAAUUUGGGAACUCAAAUUGGAUGGAUUUAUGGAGUUGGAACCAUCUUAGGUAUCAUCUUUACCUUCUUCUGCGUUCCUGAAACCCAAGGUCGUACGUUAGAAGAGAUUGCAGAAAUGAUCAACGCUCGUGUUCCCACACGCAAAUGGACAACUUAUAUCACAUCCGUUGACCGUGAUGGUAUGAAUGGAUUUAGUGAUGAUAACCAUGAUGCUGCGAUCUUGUCUCAAGAAGACAGAAACAGUGAUGACAAGAAGAUGAAGAAUGGUGAAAAGUCUAGCCUUACUGAUGGUGAUGUCAGUCCAUCCAACGGUCUUUCAUCAGGCACGCGUGAUUUGGACUCAGAAGAGAGACAAUAA